GUGAAUGAUGAUUUUGAUUGUUUGUUACGAACUGGUAUGUUGACAACCAAGAAAGUUUGGAUGAUACCUGGGAAUAGACCAGUGACAUCUGGAUCUACAGAAGACAGUUGGAAAGACAAUAGCCGGGGCAAACAGCCCAAGAAGCACCCACAUAGCAAGCUACGACACAACCCAUAGGAAAACACCCUCAGGAUUGCCCGAGAGGGAGGGAGGAUGAGCAAUCCACACAAUCAGAUGGAAUUCAGGACACUGACUUGGCACGGCCAAGGACAAGAAUAUUGAAUAGAGGAAGAAUAUGCAGUUGUGGCAAAGAGUAAGAAUGACAGGGGACUUAAGAUUCAUCAAGGCAAGUCGCGUUGCCAGUCUCAGUCAGAAGUGAAACAGCGCUCAGGGUCAUCUGAUCCUGGUAAGACGAUGGAGGGGCCAGGCCAGGACAAAAACCACAGUGCCAGGAAGCUCAAAGUUCCAAAGACGAAUGAGACUAAAGAAGAGAGACUCCAGAGUAUCAAAUGGUCCAAUGCCACAAAGAAAGAGGAGUGGAGUAAUCUGGAUAAUGACUUGGAUACAAUUCAGGAGUCAUCUCUAAGUGGACCAAUUGAAAAGAAGAUACAAGCCAUGACAACCAUCACAUACUCAUCAGACAGAUUUGGAGAGGAAGAAAAAUGCCAUUUAAAACCACAUAUUGUCCAUAUUGGUAGAAGACAGAAAGAUAUUAAAGACCUAGGAAAGGAACUAAAGGAUCUAAAGAAACGUGACAAACAGGCAGGACCAAUAGAGAGGAAUGCACUAAGGGAACUGAGAGUUAUAGUCAGGAGUAAACUUAAAACACUAAGAUAA